GGUGUCGGCGCUGCUGGAGCAGGACGCCGCCGCCGCGCUGCGCCGCUGGCUGCGCGCCCCGCCCCCCGAGCCCCUGCCCCUCCCGCCGCCCCGCCCCGCCGCAGACGUGGCCAAGCAUAAGGAGGUGGAUGCCCAGGCCCAGUUAUAUGUGGCACACCUGAACGAAGCUGAAUCCGGCGCAGAAUGGUCCAUGCGCCUCGCCACAGAAGCAUGCACGCUCGCAGAGCCUCUGCUCUGUACCGGCGGGCGCGACAAGCUCGUGUCGUGCGCUGAGAGUCUGGCUACUGCCGCGGCCGCGUUCAAGGCCGCUAGGGACUUGGGGCUAGAAGGGAUAAUGGCGGCUCUGAAGCAUAAGGUUACUAAGUGGGCGGACGCGGUGGCAGACCCAGAUGGGGACAGCAUGGAAGACGAUGCCGACGCGCUCCCGGCAGCAUUAGACACGUUGGCCGAGGCCUGCCGCGCGCAGCUGUCGGCCGCCGCGGCCGCGCGCCUGCUGGCCGCGCUGGUGCAGGACCUGGCCGCCAGGGCCGAGGAGCGGCUGCUGGUACAUCAUUAUGAUCAGGUAACAUCUUGGCACUGACUGGAUAUACACGCU